UCGAGUUUAGCCGCAACAGGUGACACACUGAAAAUGGAGUGGAAGCAUGCAACAAUUUUCGCUGUACUCAGUCUCUUCUGCUUAGUAAGAAUCCAUGCUAAGAUCGUUUAUAUCAAUGGAACCGAAGUUUUUAAUGAAAAGAUUUCAAGUCAUAAUGUGACGACGAAAUCACCGGUCCGAGCUUGGUACAGUGUCUUUAAUCCAAAGAAUAUUAGUAAUCAUUCUGGACAUCUGACCAUUGUCCAUCGGAAAGAGGAUGCAGAAGAAAAGGAGGUACGGAAGGAGGUGGAAAAGUUUCAGGAUCACGAUCAGGAGGAAUCCCAAAACGACACACUGGCGACAAGAUCAGCAAGGGCACUUGGCUUGUUUUACGUACAACGAAUCAUGACCGCACUGCACUUAAUGGCCCUUUUAGCAGGAAUUUAUCUCAUGAUAUUUGUUGUUGAACCAGUGGCUAUUCCCAACCGCUACCUCGCCCAGCAUUAUUUCGGAGUGCCUUGGCUUCCAGAACGAAGAACUAAUCCUGUUCAAUCAAAUCCCGCUCUAGAAACCAUUGCAGCUACGCUUCAAUAUCUCACAGAACCAACUGUUUUACAGCGGAAAGAUUCUGAGGUUUCGCAAAACAAAAGUCAAAGCAACUUUUAUAAUAUGAACAGGUCUGUGCCUUCCUAUCCAUUUUUGUUAUCCAACUAUAGUGAAAAGCCUCUCUCCCUGCAAGCUGCUCACAGUAAGUCCCCUGUGACAGUUACGAAACUCAACAGAACCACUGCCCAUCACUGGCACCACUGGUCUCCGCCGACUGUCAUAAGACAAAUACCGAAGGAAAUAAUAUCAAAUGGAACAGUUCGAUGGAGCUCUCUGAUUUCAAAAAAUGGCCAAAUCAUCAGAAAUGAAGCGAAGUCUUGGACAACUGGAAGUGUAAAAUCUGUACAUCGAUCAGAACUUGCCCACUGAAAUGGAACGAUUUUAUGUCGCUUAUUCGAAGAUCUUUGGCAGAGAAAUAAAGUCAAGAAUAAGAAAAGAAAACAGCUUUUAUUUUAGCACGUUAAUAGGAAAGGCAACCUCAAAGGAAAGAACCUUAGAGGAAAUUAGCAUUCUGUUUGUCUUAUUUUAUUGUUUUCCUCGAAAUCCAUCAGAAGAAAUUGAUGUUUUCUCAAUUAGAAUAUUUUUUUAACUCGGAUUAACAACUAGUCCCUCCUAACUUUUAGUUUAGCUACCAGUCUGUGAUAUUUAUUCUGUAAAUAUAUUUAUUUAUACACAAGGCUUAAAUCCGUAGCAAUAAUUUAUGGUGACUGUGAUAAUUGUCUUAACUACCUAAUUUAUUUCCCAAAUAAAAUAUUUAUAUUUUACAUAUUAAUAUUAUAACAGUGUGAUAUAUAUGUAUAUGGUUUUGAAAUACUUAUUCAUUUUGU